ACGCAGUCGGGAAAGCACGAGAUUCCCCCGCAUUUUCCCCACUAUAAAAGCCUUGGACAGUGAUUUCAAUCACAUCUGCAAACAGUGACUGGCGAUGGCGGACGAAAGAGAAGCGCUGCUGAAUCUCGGCAAGCGCAAAGCGAUGGAGCGGUCGGUGUCGCACGCACAGGACGAACUCAAGGCGUUUCGUACGUGGCUGAAAGGACUGUGCGUCGAUCAGUCCAAUCCGUGGACUACCUGCCUCUCGUGGCUUGUUUUUGUACUGCUCACGAUUGUUGUCCCCUCGCUCUCGCAUUUCGUGCUCGCCUGCAGCGAUUGUGAUAGCCUUCACAACAGACCGUACGACGCCGUUGCGCAGCUGUCCCUCAGCAGUGUCGCCACGCUGUCGUUCCUGUGUUUGUCUGGAUUUGUUAGCAAGUAUGGACUUCGGAGGUUUCUGUUUUUCGAUAAGCUCUGUCACGAGAGCGAAACCGUCAGGAAUGGCUACACGAAGCAAUUCAAUAGAUCAUUGAAGCUCUUAUUCAUCUUCGUGCUCCCCUGCUUCGCCGCUGAGAGCGUGUACAAAAUCUGGUGGUAUAUCUCCGGUGGAACGCGAAUACCGUUCCUUGGAAAUGUGAUCGUUAGCAACACUGUGGCGUGCGCUCUGGAGCUGUGCUCUUGGUUUUAUCGGACGAUGGUGUUUUUCCUGGUAUGCAUUCUUUUUCGCCUGAUCUGUUGCCUGCAGAUUCUCCGCCUACAGGAUUUUGCGGAGGUGUUCGAGAUCGAUUCGGACGUUGAGUCGGUUUUGCGAGAACAUUUGAGGAUUAGAAGGCAUCUUCGGAUAAUCAGCCAUAGGUACAGAACGUUCAUACUGUGGGCGCUGAUAUUCAUCACCGCCAGUCAGUUUGCUUCUUUGCUCAUGACCACGCGAACUAGCGCAGAUGUUGAUAUAUACCACACUGGAGAACUGGCGGUCUGCUCCGUCAGCCUUCUAGCUGGUCUGCUGAUUCUACUCCGUAGUGCGACCAAAAUCACGCAUAAAGCAUUGGCCGUGACAUGCCUUGCAGCAAAGUGGCACGUCUGUGCCACAAUAGACUCAUUUGACAUACCAGAAACCACAGGGACGCCAGGUGCGGGGCACCAGAUGCUCCGGCAUGAACCACCACCUUUCAGCGAUCAUGGAUCAUCUGAUGAGUUGGAUGAUGUUGGGGAUGAAGAAGACGAACUUGACAACACCAAAUUUGUGCCAUCACAUGUCUACAGUACAAUCUCAUUUCAGAAAAGACAAGCUCUGGUGACAUACUUUGAGAACAACAGAGCAGGUAUUACAGUGUAUGGGUUCAUGCUGGACAGGACUUCUCUGCAUACAAUAUUUGGGAUAGAGCUGUCCUUGGUGCUGUGGCUGUUGGGGAAGACGGUUGGCAUUUCUUGAAUUCAAAGCUGUGUUGUGCUUGAGGAAAUUAAGGGUAUGUUAAUAAUUUAUUUUGCUUUAAUUAGUAAGAUAUUGUCUUCGCCUCUCUCUCUUUUUUCUUUUUCUUUUUUUACCUACCUAUUCCCUUCUAAUUAAAAAUGAGUGCUCGGUGUCCUCCAUUUAUUUAUUAAGUUUUCCAAGGUUAAUUCAUUUGGCAUUAUUUAAAGAUGUUUUGCAUGUUAGUGAGUUAUGGUUUUUUCUAUUUCUCCAGUGGAACUAUGUUCCUACUUUUUGUGUCAUCACUCGUUCUUCCUCCAUAUAUACCUUCGCAUCUAAUGAUUUAACAUGUAGUAUAUAUGAACGAUGACACUAUAACAAUUAACACGUGCACAUU